AUGAAUUGGUCACAAGAGCAAAUACUAUUGCUUUUGGAGUUGCUCCAGGGAGAGACGUCAACUCCCGUGCCUAUUCUUAUCCUGGACGAUUCCACGGAAGCGCCUGCAGGCUCUCAGGGUCAGUAUGGGCAAUAUCGUUGGAGCGAUCAGUCAUUACUCAAGAUAACGCUGGCAGAGGAUUGUCCGUGUUCUAAAAUGAAACAGUUACCUAUGAACAAGGAACAGUCGAAGGUUACAUGUUUUGGGGAAGGAAAACCUGAGAAGCAGAGCGAGGACUGCGACGUAACCCACAAUGUACGCAAGGAAGGAAAACCUGAGAAGCAGAGCGAGGACUGCGACGUAACCCAUAAUGAGAGUAUAGGUGUCUCGAGUAUAGCAGAGAGUGCUAUAAGUGAUCCGCUCUCGACCACGGAGUGCCUUAAAAGCAAGCUCUUCGCCACCAUGCAGAUACUGGAAAAUAAAGAGGAGACUAUCCGAGUGCAGGCGCAGAGUCUGGCGGUAGCUGAAGAGAGAAUAUCGGCGAUGGCGGAACGCGCUGACAUGCUUCGACGGCAACUCAGUCAGACAGUGAAACAAGAAGAAUUGAUAGAUUUACUUAGAAAGUCGUUCUUAGACAUUCGUAUUAAGGAGAGGGAGAAAACGGAAAAAAUUGGAUGCUUGCAGAAUGUUGUCAACUCGCAGAAAUUGUCGCUUGAUAGGUGCCAGGAUAUCGCGUUGGAAGUGGAGAAUUUGAAGUCGGAAAUAUCGAAUUUCCUAAACAACUCCAACAACGAUUCGGGCAUGUGGGAGCGCGAGGAGUCACUGACGGGUGAGCUGGGUGGGGAGCUACAACACAUCAGCGGUCAGCUGCUGCGGCUCAGGGAACUGCUGGCAGGCGAUUGCACAUGCGGCUUGCGAGAUGAAAACGUGAAACUCAAAAAAAUGAACGAGGAUUUAGUGAUUCAAGUUAAAGACUUGCGCCAACGAGUACAUGAUCUGGAAGUGGCUGUAGCAGAUAAGGACAAAGUGAACCUGCAGUACCAACGACAGCUCGAGCUAAAAGAAGAAGAGUUUCGACGCAUGGCGCAACAACUGUCCGCGUUUGAAGAGAGCUCAAAGAACCAGAACAUGACCUGCGAGUCUAUGAAUCGCCAACUGCAACAACUUCAAAUACAAGAGACUGAUCUACAAUUAUCGGGUAUUGUAGCGUUGCUGAAGGACAAGAGCGAUGAGCUGGCCGGGCUGCGGAAACAGUGUGAGGUGCGGGAGUCGACAGCCGCCGAGUUACAACGGCGGCUCGAUGACGCCCAGCUGAUUAUUGCGGAGGAGCGUGGUGUGCGUUCCGAGGUGCGCGAGCUGGGCGAGCAGGUGUGCAGGUGGCGCGAGCAGCUGCAGCAGCUGCAGCACCAGCUGCAGACCGCGCGCGCUCACAGCGAAUGUGUGACGCAGCAGUACAGGGAGGAGGCGCAUAGCACGGCUCGGCUGCGCGACGAGCUGGCGGAAGCACGGCGGCGCGGCGCGCUGCUGUGCGCCCGCGCGCGCCGCCUCGCGCUGCACCUGCGUGCCGGCCUCACGCGUCAGCGCCUGCGCCUCCGAGAACAAGAAGAGAAAAUACAAACACAAGAAGAACUGAUUCGUAGAUUGCAGCAGCCUUCAGACAUGAGACAAAAUAGUACAUGUGAUAACGAGCCUUGCUGCUCCAGAUACAUUUCUCGAGAGAAAACGAAAAGACGGAACGAUUGUGCUACCUCGAUCUCGAGCGAGGUAGCCGAUUGUCUCAAGUGUACUCAAAUGAAUCGAAAAAUAAGAGAUGAUACGGGUAGCCAAAUUGGUAGUUGUUCAGAAUACAGACAUAUGGUGAGAGAAAGAGCAAGUGAACUGGAACUCACAAGUGAAAGCGAUAUAAAUAACUGCUCGGUUCCUCCAAAGCCGCCAAGAAGACUACUUAGAAAAAAGAAACCAUCUUCUAAUACGUACGACGUACAGUUGAUGAUUUUGAUUGCUGAAGAGUACUAUCUGAAGAAGAAGCUGGUCCGGAAGCUGCUAGCUCUGGCACCGCUGGCCCGGCGACCGGAGUCCUCAUUGAAGUUUCUUCAUUUUCCUCAAUCUGAACAUCCUCAAACUUUUUUUCGAAUCAAUGUUAUGUAUAGACUUCAAGAGUGA